AUGUUUUUCCCAGGGCGACGACAAAAGCCACAUGGCCGCGAUGACGCCCACCAGAGCGAUCAGCGCGCAAAGGCACUCUCCCGAGGCCGUAGGCGUCGCGACUCGUUCAGCGAACGACAUUUUUUUUUAUUCGGGAAAAAAAGAAGCAUGAGCGGUAAGCCAACCCUGGCAGUUGAGCUCGGCGAUCUGUCCUUCAACAAGAAGGGAGGGAAGUUCUUCCCUUUGCGUGGCACGGGCGUACGCGCGCUUGAGUGGUCGUCCGCCGAGUGGCUCAAGAUCCUCUGGCACCCGAGCGGGUUCAACGAUCCCGACGCCCGACGGGUGUCGCUCAGCCUCGAAGCCUGCGAGGGUGUCAAAGCACUCUUCUGCGGGGUCGAGGAACACCUCGUCCGCAGCCUGGCGGCGCUGUCGACAAAGGAUAGCAGGCUUUUCGGCAAGCCUCAGACGGAAACGGAAGUCAAGGAGCGCUUCCUUUCGUGCUUGAAGACGAACGCUCGCUGCGAAGCUUUUCUGAAGACCAAGAUGGACUGGGAUAGAGUGCGGAUCUGGGGUCCGAAGGGCGAGAAGCUCGAGGGACCGGGUGAUCUCGCCGGUCGGGAAUGCAAGGUGAGGUGCGAGUUGCGGCAGGUCUGGCUCAUGUCGGGUCAGUGCGGUCUCUUGCUGGAAGUCACCGAUCUCAUGUUGAAGGCAUCUCUUGCCAACAGCGCGCUGUCAAUGUACAGGUUGCGGAACAUGGUGCGUCGUUCCUUUGCCACUGUCUGUGUGGUGGCGCUCGUGGACUUCCACGCUUUCGUGGGGAUGAAGACGCAUGUCAGACGCUACAAGCUGCAGAGCCGCAACGCUGCUUGUGUCGACAGGUUUGUGACAAUGGCGCAAAGUAUGCUCAAUGUAAACGGGUAUGAUGCGAACGUCACACGAGUUGCCCUGGAGCUUGCCCAGAGGGAGGCUGCUACCGAGGCUGCUACCAAAUAUAGAUUGCUCCAGCUCAAAUACUUGUCAGUGAGUUCAAGAUUCUGGUUGGAGAAGAUGUUCAGUGAUUUUGCGGCAUUUCUGCAAACAACGCGUCUACCAUCCAUCCCUUACAGCAACAGCGGCAUCAACAAGUUUUUGGCGAAAAACCCGCUGAUGUGGCAGGCUUUUGCUGCCCACGAAAACAUCUCGCUGGAGUUCCCUCUCAAUGUAUCUUUUCCAGAAGUGUCGCAAUCAUUGUUGUAUGGUCGGCUGAGUGGGCAAGUGCACGAGCCGCCAGGCUUGGUUGUGCUUCGCUUGUGGAAUGAUACUGAAUACACCGGCGAGGUGUACUUGCUCCGCGACCUGGGUGCUCACUACAGUCGGAAGUUGGGCAUUGUCGCUGAGCCACUAGAUCUGAGCCGAGCAUUGGCUGACUUGAUGCAGCUGUUGAAGGGUAAGUGGACGCUGCGUAACUUGAUCGGUGUUUAUUGGGUAGUGACGGUCAUCGCCGUCUUCAUCAUCUUCAAAGCGCACAACCUCAGUCAUCAACGCCCGCUUCCACGUGUCCCAACCUCGAAGGGAGGGUUUUCUGACUUUGCGGGUUCGAUUGGGGUUUCGCCUUCCGUUGCUACAUCUUUUCAACCGCCAAGCCGCGGUAAUGCGGUGUCCUUGGAGUGCAGCUGGGGUGUUUUGGUCUGGCAGCGGGCUGGGUUCGCAUCCUGGUCUGAGCAACCUGUUCACGAAUCUCGAAGCCUCUUUCAGCUCAAAUUCGAAGCAGAGCGUCCCUCUAGGAGGUCGGUACCUGGGACUCUUGAGAUGUCGACGGCUGUGAAGAAAACGCUUCACGACGUGCGCUCGCAGCUCGUAAGCGGCAAAUCCUUACGCGGGCUUCCCUUGACCGAGGAGAAGAAAGAGGAGCUGAAGAUCAAGGAGCAGCAACUGCUGCAUCGCCAGAGACAGGUGCGGCUGCAGCGACAGAGGCAGCGCGACUUCAUUCAAAGUACCGUCUCAAGCGAAGGCAGUCGCGUGAUGGCGCAUGUGGAUGCAUCCAACGCUACGCAAACCCAGGAGAUUUGCAAUGCCGUCGAGGCCAAGGGGGAUGCCAACUUGGCGAAGGGGGAUGCCAUCUUGGGCGCUAUCGACAACAAGAUGACGCCCGAGGAGAAGCGCGAGGCUGAUGAUCGCAAGGCUGAGGAGAAAAAGCGCAAGGCGGAUGAGAAGAAGCGCGAGAUGGAAGAGAAGAAGAAACGCAAGGCGGAGGAGAAGAAGCAGCGCGAUGAGGAGCGUGCAGCAAAGAAAGCGAAAGUUGAUGUGGAGAAAAAAGAGCUCGCUGAGGCUAGGAAAGACCUGAAGGCCUGCUCGCAACGCGAGAAGAAGACCGAGGGAGGUGCGGAGGAGUCCACUGCGAUCCCCCAGCACGCGGGCGAGGAGGUUUCGAGCACCACAGGGCUCGCAGACGUUGCUGAGGUCGAGGGGUGUGAGGAGAAGCCGGACGAGCAAGGUUCUCCUGACUCCUCGGUGAUUCCCAGCACGUGGAUCCCCAAGCUCGGUCUCUUCGGGCCGAAGCAGUAA